UUUGUCAUUCUUGUCGUCUGUAAAAACAACAGCCGCAAUUUUUUACGCAAAAUCACUGCAAAUAUUGUAGAAAAUAAUAAAAAAACCUUACAAUGAAUUUCCUUGGCAUUGAACAGUUUCCAGACUAUAAAGUACCCGGUGCCCAGCAUCACGAUUUCUCGCCUUAUGAAUCCAAUGGAGGAUCCAUUGUAGCUAUUGCUGGAGAUGAUUAUGUGGUUAUUGCGGCUGAUACUCGUCUAAGUAGUGGCUACUCCAUCCACACCCGCAAACAAAACAAACUAUUCCAAUUGAGUCCUAAAACUGUUUUGGGUUCUACCGGUUGCUGGUGUGAUACUUUGGCUUUGACCGCUUUGGUAAGGGCCCGCAUGCAAAUGUACGAACACACCCACUUGAAGACUAUGUCCACAGAUGCCAUAGCUCAAAUGUUGUCUAUAUUGAUGUACAACAAACGUUUCUUCCCCUACUAUGUUUCGAAUGUUUUGGCCGGUUUGGAUAAUGAGGGUAAGGGUGUAGUAUACUCAUAUGAUCCCAUUGGUCAUUGUGAAAGAACCACCUAUAGAGCUGGCGGUUCAGCUGGUGCCUUGUUGCAACCUGUUUUGGAUAAUCAAAUUGGUUUUAAGAAUAUGAAGUUGGAGGGUGGCGAAAUUCCCAAAGUACCCAAAGAACGUGCUGUGGCUAUUGCCACUGAUACCUUUAUUUCGGCCGCUGAACGUGACAUUUAUACCGGUGAUGCUGUUAUGAUUAAUAUCAUUACCAAGGACGGAAUCGAAGUUAAGGAAGUUCAAUUGAGAAAGGAUUAAACGGAGUUAUUUUUUAAUAUAAUAAAUUUAAUGUGUAUUUCCGAGUGAAAUUAUUUUGAAAUGGGUUUAUUCAAUAAACGUAAAAGAUUUUUUUUGUAA